CAGGCGGAAACAGCAGCAGGGGAGGAGGGCCCGCAGAGCAGCAUCUCAGACACGUCGAAAAAGAUGUUUUGAUCCCUAAAAUAAUGAGAGAAAAGGCCCGAGAGAGAUGUUCUGAACAAGUUCAAGGUUUCACUAAGUGUUGCAAGGACUCUGGAGUUCUUAUGGUAGUAAAAUGCCAUAAGGAAAACUCUGCACUGAAAGACUGUCUCACCUCUUACUAUAAAGAUCCAGCCUUUUAUGAAGAAUGCAAAAUGGAAUACCUGAAGGAAAGGGAGGAAUUCAGAAGAACUGGAAUUCCUACCAAGAAAAGGCUACAGAAGCUUCCCACAAGUAUGUAGGCAAAUAUUCAAGAUGAUGCUCAUGGAAAUCAGUCACCUGAAAUAAUGGACUCAGGGAAGUGCGUUUCCUUUAUCCUUAAUUAUGGAAAUAACUAUCUGAAAUAAAGAUUUUUUUUUUAACCUC